AUGAAUGCAGUGACCUGUGAUGAUGUGCACAUCGCCCUCACUUGGGAGGAGUGGACUUUGCUGAAUCCUUCUCAGAAGAAUCUCUAUGAAGAUGUGAUGCUGGAGACCUACAGGAGCCUCACUAGUAUAGGAUACAGUUGGGAAGACCAUCAUAUUGAAGAAUAUUGUCAACAUUCUAGAAGAUAUGAAAGGAAAGAAAGAAGUGAAACUGGAGAGAAACCUUCUGUAUAUGCUUGCUGUGUUAAAGCCUUCGUAUACGACACCCAUCUUCCAAGAGAUCUACUUGCCUCUGGGACUAGACACCAUGACUGCCACAAUGAUGAGCAGUGUGGCAAAGCCUUUGCACGUCACAGUUAUCUACAAAUGCAGAAAAGAACACAUAGUGGAGAGAAACCUUUAGAAUGUAAUCAAUGUGGUAAAGCAUUUCCAUAUCAUAGUAAACUUCAAAGGCAUGAAAGAACACAUACUGGAGAGAAACCCUACAAAUGUAAUGAAUGUCAUAAAGCUUUUUCAAGACGCUGUAGUCUACAAGUACAUAAAAGAACACACACUGGAGAAAAACCCUACAAAUGUAAUGAAUGUGAUAAAGCCUUUUCACAAUACUGUAGUCUACAAGUACAUAAAAGAACACACACUGGAGAGAAACCCUACAAGUGUAAUGAAUGUAAUAAAGCCUUCUCAAACCACAGUAGUCUUCAAGACCAUAAAAGAACACAUACUGGAGAGAAGCCAUACAAAUGUAAUCAGUGCAAUAAAGCCUUUGUGCAACACAUUCAUCUUCAACGCCACAAAAGAACACAUAGUGAAGAGAAAGCCUACAAAUGUAAUCAAUGA